UCAGAAAUGUAACAGUGAAGCCUGCUGGAAAUGUUUCACGUUUUUGCUUAAGUAUAAAAGCGUAAGUUUAGUGUUUACAUGAGGAGGCUGCUGCCCAUACAGCGCAUCACAUUUUAGGGCGCUCGCAUCCUUUGCUGAUGAUCGCUGUUAAGUGCUUGAAUUGAUUCAUUUGAAGCCGGAGUUCAUUUUGUAUUUUACAAGUCAGAACAUACAUAAACAAAAAUGCGUUACAUUUGAGUGUUUUGACACAAAAUUGGCAUCUUGCAUUUUAAGAAUAAACAAUUUGCAUUCGUAGUCUGGUUGGAAGCCUAUAUAAAACUAUAGUAAACACGGGCUCUCAAAUAUGUGUAUUGUAUGUAUACAUUUAAAACAAGUUUUGCUGUUUCUACUCGUUUUUGAACUUGCGCUACUGAACUAUCCGUGUGACUGCGUGUGGUCUCGCUCCGCUGUUGGUGGGUGUGCUUCAAAACAAACCCGCAUUUUCACUAGCUCAUCAACAACGUUUCCAAACUUCUGCUUUACUUACGAACUCCCUCAGCGUUAAUAUAACGAUUAGAGCUCUGCUACUGUUAAACGUUCAUUUCAUGUGAGAUGGAGGCGGUGUCACUGACGCAUUUAAACGUGGAGCUUAUAAAAUCGAUAUUUUAUUUUAGCAUUCAGACUGACUGUUUAAAGUGUCUUAAGUUGUCCUGUUACGCAAAUGCACAUGCAAAUGCGUGUUUUGUUUGCUCUCGAUGCUCUUCGGCGAAGUUGUUGCGCGGACGGCAUGUGUUUACAGUCUCGAGCGCGAAGCAUGGAGUCGCACGAGCCACUGACGCAGAGUCGCGCGGAAAACAAAGAGCAGCGGACGAGCAGUUCGACUAAAUUCAAUAAUGUUUCUUCUUUCAGCACCACUGGCAUCAAAGAAAGCGUGCGAAUUAGUUGCUCGUACAGAGCAGGAGUCGUUUAACAGUGAAACUGCGGUGAAAACAUGCUGAAUGUGUGUGUUUAAAGAUGCCGUGUGGCGUGCCAUGCUUCCGCGCGAGCUGGUGGGCGGUGAAUACGGCGGGACACACGCACCAUUUCACUGCAGUGUGCUAACGACUGCACGUUUAAACACCGCGAAACAUGGAUAAUGUCCGUUCGGUGUUCUCUGGAUAACUUUAGAUGACACAUUUAGAUGUUUGGCUUUCAUAAGCCGAAGAUGUACCGCAGCCUUGAUGGAUGUUGCAUCUGCAGGGCAAAAUCCUCCAGCUCCCGUUUCACUGACAGCAAACGCUAUGAGAGAGACUUUCAGAGCUGCUUUGGUUUAGGAGAGACACGCUCUGGUGAAAUCUGCAACGCUUGUGUCCUGCUGGUAAAACGCUGGAAGAAGCUUCCCGUCGGUUCCAAGAAGAACUGGAAUCAUGUGGUUGAUGCAAGAGGGGGACCCAGUCUGAAAACUACGGUGAAGUCAAAGAAAGUCAAAUCCUUGUCCAGACGGAUCAGACCGAACCAGAUCAGCAGAGUUCAGAAGGAGCUGAAGAGACACAAUUCAGACGCUCACAGCACCACUUCCAGCACCAGUCCCGCCCAGUCACCCAGCUACAGUAACCAAUCAGAUGAAGGUUCUGACGCCGAGUUGACUCCUGGCUCCGCCCGCUCUCCAGUCUUUUCCUUCUUGGACCUGACAUAUUGGAAAAGGCAGCGGGUAUGUUGUGGCAUCAUCUAUAAAGGUCGCUUUGGGGAGGUUCUGAUUGACCCACAUCUCUACAAGCCCUGCUGUCAGAAAAAACAGGAGCAAGAGCAGGAAGAAGAAGAAGAAGAGGAGGAGGAAGAGGAAGAGGAGGACGGAGACCUUGAAAAAGAGGAGGUGCAGAGCAGUCAAGAAAUUCUCUCAUCUAUUCAAACGCACUCCUCUCCCCAAAUAAAAAUGGAGCAGGAAGUGGAUGAGGAGUGGUGAUGCCACAUUCCCAGGGUACUGAAUUGGCAUUCUUAGGAAGCCUUCGAGAGUCAGAGGCGUAGAUUUGCCCCUCAGACACUCUCAAAGAUGUCCUCUCGGAUUGCCUUCGAUUCAAGAGCAGCUGGAUCCUUGUUCGUCUUUUCCUGUUUCUUUCCUCCUUGUUGAGAAUGCGUCUCUUUCAUUUCCUUUGCAGUUGAAUCAACCUUUAUUUAUCAACUUGAACUGGCGUCCUUGUUUUUUAGAGCCUGGUACCAUGCUAUUCCAGUUCACCCAUUCUUCUUCUUCUUCUUGUUUUUGUUGACCAGGGAAAAUUAGUUUUCUUUUUUGCUAUCCCACUCAAACACAGAAUGCUGGAUCUACAUAUAUCAUGCAUAGAAAUGCAGAGAACAGACUUGGACAGUGACCACAGUCAUACACUGUCACUUUUGUACCCUUGAGCACCAUAAUGCCCUUCCUCUGGGGUGACUGUCUCUGCAUUUAGUGUACAGUAUUUGUAUACAGCAAGCAGCAUCUGCUUAAUUCUAGCUCAGAGAAGAUGAUAUUCCACCAUUCCAGCUGGUAUAUAGCCAUUAUUUAGGGAAGCCUUUGAUCUUUGCCUUUUAUAUAUUUAUUUUACUGCUGUCAAACGAUUAAUUGUGAUUAAUUGCAUCCAAUAUAAGUUUGUGUUACAUAAUAUACGUGUGUGUACUGUGAAUUUUUAUAAUGUAUAUAUAAAUACACACACAUGCAUUUCUUAAAUACUUACAUGUAUAUGUGUGUUUAUAUAUACAUAAUAAAUAUACACAGCACACACACAUAUAUUAUGUAAACACAAACUUUUAUUUUGGAUGUGAUUAAUCACAAUUAAUUGUUUGACAGCCCCAAUUUAUAUUGUUCUGUCUUUGUCUUUAUUGUUAAGGCCUGCUCUGUUUUUUCCUCUUGGUUUGUAUUUAAAGGGACAGGUCACCUAAAAAUGUAAAAAAAAAAAAAAAUGUAAAGGAAAAAAAUGUCAUUAUUUUGUCAUUCACCCUCAUUUUGUUUCAUACAGAGUCCCAGCCCUUAAGGGACAUGGUGAUGGAAAAAAUAUGAGAUGGUAGGAAAACAUUGCGUUCUCUUGCAAAGAACUCCAACGUUUUACGAGCAAAUGCAAAGUUUCUCAGGGAACGCAAAACAUUUGCGUUAACGCAAAAGCAUUGACAUAAUUUUUCCUCCUAUCUCAUAUUUUUUCCCAUCAUGUAUCUUUAGGGGCUCUGUAGUUUCAAUCUUUUUUUGAAGAACAUCUGGUUUCUUUAUUCUAUAUAAUGGAAGUGAAUGGGGACUGGGACUGUGAAGCUCCAAAAUGACAAAAAGCACCAUAAAAGUAUCUUAAAAAUCAACUUGUGUGCCUUUUGAAGCCAUAUGUUAGCAAUAAAUGUAGUCCAUAUGACUUUUUUAUUUUAUCAUUUUGGAGAUUUAUGGCGCCAGUCCCCAUUCACUUUCAUUAUAUGGGAAAAAAAAAAAAAUAUUGUAUGAUAUACUUCAAAAAAAUGACAUUUUUUUGUGUUUAAUGUAAGAAAAAUGAAGUAGAAUGAUGUGAAGGUGAGAAAAUUAUGGCAGAAUUUUUUGUUUUAGGGUGAACUGUGACUUUUAAACCCUGAUUUCAGUGCAGGUUGUCUGUAUUCAGUCACUAAAGGGCAACAAACUCGAUUCAUAGUGUUUUACUGCAAACAUUUCCCCAGACAGCAUUUCUAUGGGACUGGGUACGGCCAACCAAAAAUGAUGCCUGGUUAUCAACACUCUUGUAUUCAGUGUACUAAUGUAAAUAUCCAAAAGUGUAGAUUUAAGGUUUUUGGUAAAGAUCAGUGUCGAGCAUGAACGCUAAGGAAACUAUUGUCUUGAUGAAAUUCUGCAUGAAUUUUGCAUGGCCUUCUAUGAAGAUUUUUGUUUUAUUUUGAUUUGCAAUCAUGUUGCAACAUUAAUCAUUUGGGCAAAUUUUGAGACAGUCCCAAAAUAUAUUUUUGUAGAUAAAUGAAAGAAAAGAACAAAAAUGAAAUCAGAUUUUGACAACUGUCAGUGUUGUUUAAUUAUGACAGGGAUUUAAUUGUCUUCAAAUAUUUUUUAGAAUUGGAUAUUUUCAAUAUUGCCUCAUUCAAAGCCAAAAAGCCCAACAUUUUUGCUAUUUACUCUGUCAUCUUAUAUACAUGUGUUCAUAUACCUCUUUUCUCUCUCCCUUCUUCCUUUUGUAAAUAGUGUUCUCGCAAUGACAGAUUCUAUUCUUUUUUCUUUUCUUUUUUUAGUGUCAUGAAAGAUUUGAGCACAUGGUUUGAUCUUUUUGUUUAUUUUAUGUUUGAUAUGUUAUUGUGUGUGUGUGCUUUUGCCUUUUUCUCCAGGGAAAACUUUCAAAAUACUGAAAUGCUAAUCAAUGUCAGCUUGUACAUUUUCAUUAAUAAUGACUUGUCUGUAAUAAGCUUUCAUAUAUAAGGAGUAUUCAUACUAUAUAUCCUAAAUUUUCCCUUAUGGUCCAAUAGGUCUGUCCUGUCAGGUUUUUUUUUAAUGAUUUUAUUGUUUAUGAUGGCCUUGGCUGUCUUGGAUUGUACAAAUUACGUUGACGCACACAUACUUCUGUUGAAUUCCAGAGGGUGGCGCUAGAGAGUUCAUUUGUUUCACACAAAACACUCAAUUGCACAUUAAUUGUAAUUCUCUCUCUCUGGGGAAUUUAUUUAAUAUCAGCUCAGUUUUGAAAUGGGUAUUUUGAUGGUGGCAGCUCGUGGCUUAGUGUGAAUAUGCCAUAUCAUGGAAUGACAUGAACAAUGACUGUAUUUGUGGUAACAUCUGAAGCACUUGGGGGUUUCCUAUCGUGUCAUCUCUAUGUCGGCAUUAUUUGUAAAUAUAAGAUGUGUAAGACUGAACAACGGUUAUUAUGAAUACUCUUUUGUCUUAUUUAUUUCAUAUUUAUUUGUUUUGUGGUCUUUUUCUUCUUAAGUCUCAUCAGAUUUUGUUGUAGGACUGACCUGUCUGUCCUAACACUGCAAUAUGGACUGGAAAUGCUUUUACACAGAUGGUAGGCUGAGAUUCACUAAUGUUAUGGAGAACUUCAGGACUGGACAGCUGUAAAAACAAUUUUUUUUAAUGUGUGUGUAUGCUAAGUACAACUAUUUUAUUAUUAUUUUUAUACUUUUGUUUGAGGGUGUCUAAUGCCCACAUACCUUUCCUUAGACUAGUCCUUUAGUUGUAGUGCUACAGGCAUGUAUGGUAGCUAUGCACUUUGUAUUCAUAUUAUUAGAGAUAUAUGAAGCAGGUUUUGUAUUUUUUUACAUAUUGUACUUUUUACUUGUUCCUCAAUAAAUGUAACUUGUGAUGGUUAAACUAUG